AUGCGGUUGAUAUACGCGUUAGUGGUGGUCGUCAUCGCCAUGUGCGGCAGCGUUUCGUUUGAGGAGGUGGCUCGGAGAAUAGCGAAUUCGCAGACCAGCAACGUCCCGAAACGAGCUCAAGUCCUCAUCAACCUGCUCGGGACAGGCCAAUUAGGGCGGCCGCUGUUUUACCGCGAAUCCAAACGGGACGAGAUUCGCCGGACGUUUCACGAGCCCGUGCCACCCAAGCCAAGGACGGUGCAGGGUGUAGUAGAGGGGGUGGUGUUAUCAGCAGCGAAUGGUAUCUCUUCCCUCUGGAAACGUCGCACUCCUGAUAAGAAGUGCCUCAUUCUCGCUGCUCCAGACACACAGCUGCCCAUGCAGCAGCAGCAGCAACAGCAGCAACUGGUGUCGUCAUCAGCAGACGUGCUCAAGGAGUGGCGGGCCGAGGAGGUGAAAGAGGCCAUCCCCAUCGUGUUUGUCACCAGUCACGUGCCUAACGAGCCUCACCACCCGGCUCUUGUGGUCAUUGAACAGGCGCGGAGUCUGAACGACCUGGUGUACGUGGUGGGGCCCAAUCCGAACCUGAAGCACCUGUCAGCACUGGGAGUGACCAUUGAGGGGCGCAACGAGUACAACGACACGUGCGCCUGGCUGGCUCGCAAGAUGGGAGUAACGCGAAUAGAGGUGGCGCGGCCAUGGAUCCUCGCUGCGUUCAUGGAGCGCCACAACUUCUCUCGAGUGCUCUCCCUCUCCAUAGACGUCAUGCUCUAUGUCAACGUCUCCCAGAUGGUCGCAUGGAUGUAUCCAUCAUCCAAGAUGGUGCUGCCCGUGCGAUGGCCCUCCAUGCAGCCGCCCCCUCUCCCCUCGCAGUACACCUCAACUGCAGUCUCCAACCAUGCAGCCCUGUGGCACAUUGAUGCUCUGAAGGACUUCCUAGCCUUGUACAAGCAGAUCUGGUCCAUGGCGCUGUUCGGGGGGCGUCCAGGUUCGGCGCACCUGAUGCGCAAGAAGGAGUACAGCGAGAUGACCAUGCUGGGGUGGUACACGUGGAGCGAGUGCUGGACCAACGACAAGCUCGACCCGCCCUGCAUGGCCGAACCUGUCACUGGCGUCAGUGCCAAGCUGGCCUACCGGCUGCGCCGCACGCGCUUCCGCCCCAAGUUUCUGGUGGAAUCCCUCUGCCAGCCGAGGGCGUGCCACAACUCCUCGUGGUCCGACGAGGGGCUGUGCGUGUGGGACAACAACUUCUCCGUUGCCACGCCCUCGCACUUUUUCCGAUUCGCCCCCACGCGCGGCGACAAGUGCCCCAGCAGCAAGCUGUAUGAGCACUUCCACGCGUGGAUGGGGCAGGUGCCUCGCAAGAAUGUUCAAUUCCUGGCUGUGAACUUCCAGGGCAGUCGGAGGGACUACUUGAAGCUCGAAGAUCCCGACCCUGCGAAAACAUGGGGCAGCGCUGUCUUCUGA